AACUUUCUGGAUGAAGUAAUCUGGAUUCAAUUAAUCAAUCCUCCGAAAGCAAGCAUUGCAGGUCUCUCUAUAAGCUAAUCUUCAGAAAAAUUCAUCUUAUCUGUGGCGAUGGCUUAUCAUUGCACUCAUCGAUGUUGGCCUCAAUGCACCGGAAAACCUCUCUCGGUUGGCUCUGAUACUGGGAAUCAUAAAGUAUAGCGAGAGCGAAAUGUUUUAUAUAUACAGAAUUGUUGCUCAGGUGCCUUAUUACCUUCAGUUCGGCUUCAAUGGUGUAUACUUAGCAUUGUUUAUUUACGAUAAGUCAACUCGUCCCGCCAGAAGGAGAGUCUUCGAAAGUAUGAGUAUGGAUACACAUCAUCUUUCAGAACGACAGCGUGAAGCACAAGGUAGGCUUAUUUUAUAA